UUCCCUAUAAAAUCCCGGGAUUGUCAGGAAAUCGGGAAUUCCGUGGGUCUUCCCUAUGAAAUCCCGGGAUUGUCGGGAAGCCCUGGGAGCCUUUUCCGUGUUUUUUCAGGCUGCGAGCGGCGCUGGAUGGAGGACGGGAGCGGCGCCGGCUGCGCCCGGUGCCGGAACCAGAGCCUGGGGCCCCUCGGCGCCUGCGGGGGCCCCGAGGUCGCGGCUUCGCUGAUUUUGGGGACGUUUCUCCUCAGUUUGGUCCUGAUCCUCUCGGUGGCUUCUUUCUUCUACCUCAAACGAGCCAACAAACUCCCAAAGGUUUUCUACAGGGGCAACAAAGCAUCUGUUCUGCAGCCUAGUGAAACAGCAUCCAUGAUCCCUCCUCCUGCUUCUUCAGUGCGGAAGCCGCGCUACGUCCGCCGCGAGCGCUCGCAGGGCCCGGCCGAGAGCCGGGUCAGCAACGUCUGAGCCCGGCCGGAGAUCCCGGAAAUCCCGAAAAUCCCGACCCUGGAAACCCCGAAAA